CGAAAUUGAGCUACGUUCCUGCUCACAUCGAUCGCCCUUGUUCUCGGCUUGUUUGCCGUCCCCGCCCUGAACAGGCCGAGCCCCUGUUGUCAGCUUAAGACCCUCUGUGUCAUUUCGCCGCUUUUCAUGCUCGAUAACUUCAUAACUCCUUGCAACUCCGAUAUCUGCAGUCGACGAUCGCAGAUAUCAUACACUUGGCAAACGUUUUUCCUGGCGGCUUGAAAUUCAAAAACGGAGAUAUAUAUUCAACAGUAGGAGAUAUGCUCGUCUACAAACCACUAUCUCCAUCGCACCUCCACUAGACCGAGGGACACUUGAAUGCGACAUGGCCUCUUGGAAGGAAGGGAAAGGAGACGAGGUCCACAGGCCCAGUUGGUUCAAUGACGCGGGUGAAUCCCCAGUCUCAGCUCUCGUGACUCUUGCCGGAUCCCUCGUAUCUUCUUCGUCCCUGCCUUCGGCUCCUAGACAUCCGGAUCCUCGCGCCUCGCUGUCAGAGAUGUGUCUGGAGGACGUUAAUCCUCUCACAACGAAGAUCGACAAGCUCGGUACACUGGAGAUGUGCAGAGCCAUCAAUGCACAAGACGCCAUGAUAGCCUCAGCGGUGGAGGUGGUAACUCCUGUGAUUGCAAACGUGAUCGAUCGUAUAGUGGAGCGGUUGCUGGAGGGUGGACGUUUGUUGUAUAUGGGAGCUGGGACCAGCGGAAGUCCCGCAGAAUCGGUGUCAUGGACUUGGCAGACCUUCCAACUUCGUACGACAGAGACCCGAUGCAGUACAUCGCUCUUUCGGCUGGCGGCGAUGGCGCACUUCGGACACCCCGCCCGUCAGUUGAAGAUUCACGUGCUGCUGGUGCUGCCGACCUUGGCUCCCUGUUACCUAGCCGAGCGGACGUCCGACGCUCUCGUUGGAAUUAGCGCAUCCGGCGGUACACCCUAUGUUCUCGGGGCACUUCAGAGUGCUCGGGCGUAUGGCCUACUCACUGUCGGGUUAGUUUGCUCUCCUUUCACCUUGCUUCAUCAUGAAGGCCACUGCGACUAUGUGAUCAAUCCUGUGGUCGGGCCUGAAGUCAUCGCUGGUAGCACUCGCAUGAAGGCUGGGACGGCGACAAAAAUGGUUCUCAAUAUGAUAUCCACUGGAAUACAAAUCAAGCUCGGCAACACUUACGGGAACCUGAUGGUCAAUGUCCAGCCGCACAAUAUCAAAACGAUGGCGAGAGCCCGAGUAAUCGUGCGCACGAUCGCUGGCAGUCGCGUCGAUGCGUUCUCAGACGCAGAUCUUGAUAACGUCCUUGCUCGAUGCGGAGGCUCCGUCAAGCUGACUGCCGUCGCAGUUGCUUCUGGCUGGGAUCUUCCGUAUUGUAUGGAGGUUCUGAAGAAUCACCACGGAUCUUUGGCGGAGCUUCUCCAAGAUCUCCGAUUCAAGAGCCAGUUGAUGAGUGUUCUCCACUAGACUUGCUCGCUUUGCAUUUGCUCUCGAUGUGUUUUCCUUCGUUUUCCUGUCGAUCUAAUUAAGUAUUCAAUAAAUCCAAUGUUUCCGCAGCACAGGCCCCAUGCUCCAAUUUAUGAACCCUUUUCUCCAGUUCUUGCAUUUCUCGGAACUCUUUCCCAACAAUCCUUCCCCGACCCGUAAAGAAUAUUCUUGAAGUGGAGACAUCCAGGGCAUAUAACGACUGCCCGAGUGCUCCUCGACAUACGUUGUGUACAAGCCUGGACUAGUCCGUUCGUCGUCUGUGAAUACUUGCAUACUGCUUCCAUGAAUGAUUCCGAUUGUUGUGAUCAGGACUGGUAUGAUGACGUCAAUUGCUCUGUCCUGGCUGUCCAUCUCAUGAACUUGAAACCUCGUUUCCUCCGGUUACCUCUGACAUGCACCCGACGAAGCCCUUCUUCUCCCAAUUCAUUCCUAAGGCGACAUUUAUCAUCCCAAUCUGUCCCAAAUUCCUCCACUCGCUUAAAUCAUAACACCUGGAUCGGGGCCCUCGGUGUCAUCGGCGUUGCUUCACUAUCAUACGCCUGUUAUGACUACUAUGAUAAUUGGCGCAACCUCUUUCCCCCCGAAGUCCGCGCGGAUCUUAAGCGUGGAAUUGCGGCUCAGCAUGCAGGAGACAGAGAAGGGAGCGUGUAUUUCAAAAGAUUAGCGUGGGAGGCCGCCCAACGAAUUCCGAUCGAAUCCUUCAAGUCUGAGCCGUACUUGAAGCUAACAGGCAUAGCUGUGGACCUCGCGGGCGAACUGGAGGAGAAUGGAGACAAAAAACAUGCGUUUGAGCUGCUAUCAGAAGCUCUAGGUGUGCUCAGAGCUCCUGAUGUGACCUUGUCUGGGCCAGAAAGGCUGCGGGCUGUAUCAGUCGCGGUCAAAAUGGCGUCCCUCGGCGGAGACCCGACUGUGUCUUGGUCAGUCGAGGAGGAGGAGGCCCUGCGUGUGUGGACAGUGGAGGGAAUCUUGAAACUUGUUCAGGAAACAUGCUUUGCUGAAGGGCAAACGAUUGACUUCGCGAAAGUACAAUUCCCGCCGUGGAUGACUAGAACAGAUAUCGCUGUCCCACUACUAGAAUUGGGGGCCUUUUACGGCAAGUCGGGAAAAAUGGAAUAUGCAAUGCCAUUAUACGUGCAAACCAUCACUCUCUUGGUAUCCGGAAACUCUUCGCCGGAAGAAAUGUGUCAAGGAGCCGAUCUGAUGAACACUCUUUCUGAACUGGUCAACCCAGCAUCUUCGCCUCAGCGCCGUCAAUAUGCUGAAAGCUGGGCCAAAAACGCUCUUGCGACGAUACAAGCCGCAAGGAAGCGCUCCACGGAAUCAAUUCCGACUUGCGAACUCGCCUUGGCUGUCGCGUUGUUCAAUUCUGGCAUGUUGCGAGAGCUCGAUGGCGAUGCAAAGCAAGCGACCUCUUACUAUCGCUCUGCGAUUGACCAGUCAAGGAAGAUUGGACUUGAGGAGGGUGUUGCGGUUGCCCAGGAAGCGAUCACUCGUCUGGACGUUACCCAACAGAGCUGAAAGC